AUGGUUUGUCACAAUUUUAGCUUCGAACGAGCCUACAAAGAAGCUGGUUGGGCUCGGGUACCUUUUUCUCAAGACAAGUGUCUGCCUACAGAUACUUCGCUUGGCUCAACUGAUGAUUGCCUCAGGCCCACGGCACUGCAACGAUUGUUCAACCAACACUACACAAGUGACAACACUUACAAGUUACAAAUAUUGACAAUAACAGGGACCUCAGAGCGCAAGAGUCAAGACUCAAUACCCAAAGGUUCAUUUCCUUUCGAGAUGGGUUUCAUUAUUCCAUUAUGA